AUGCAACGAUUACGAUCGACGGUGGAUAUAAGCAAGUACUUUGAAGAGUUCGUCGACGACAGUCUUGUUCAUAAGUGCGUACGAGUCCGAUGCCAGAGCUGUGGCUUCGUUCGACCGAAGAACGCGACUUGCCAGGCAGAGCAUCUGAGCCAAUGCAAGGACUUUCUGUCCACUACUGAAGGAGAAGAGCUGUUGACGAGCGGGGGCCUGACCAUCAGUGAUGAACAAUAUCAGAAUGCAGCCAUCUGGACUGGCGCAAGACCGAGCCCCGAUCUUUUGGUCAAUCGUUGUGGUCCGAAUGGUGCUCUUAUUGGAAUGGCGCCAAGUGGUUCUAGUCCGCGGCCUUCCCUACCUAGAAACUCACACCUUGCUGAAGCGCCCUCGUUGGCUCAACAUCUGCUGGCUCAAGCUGAAGAUUUACUGACGAACGGUACUCAACAUACCUUCUUGUCACAUGCAGGUUGUGGAUUGCUGACCGAGAGCGCUCUCAAUCAAUGGCUGACGCAGAUCGGGUACAUCUCACGGUCGCUGGUCUCAUUCACCGGAGCACUGAUAGGCAAGAUCCGCAUACCCGAAAUCGACGACUUAGAACGUGACUCAACGUUCCGGUGUCUAGACUUGCUGUGCUCUGCGGUAAAUAAUAUGAAAAAGGAGCUAGAGUUUCUUGAAGCUACCAAACGCAAGUACGGACUCGAGGUCAGCUUUGACGAGCCGAAACCUCCCACCAAAGGCUUCAUCGAUCUGUUCAAUAGUGCCUCAUGUCCGUCCGCAACAUUGCUCGAGGGCAUGGUGAUGCUAUGGGCUAUCGAAAAUCUCUUCCAUAGCUCCUUCUCCUACGCGGCUAGAUUCGUCACUCGAACAGUCCCAAGAUCAUCACCACAAAUUCCCUACUCCUUCCCAUCCUCCUUGCCACCAGGAGCACCUGCGGACCCAAAUGGCGUCCAGUCAAAACCAAAAGACGGCCACACCACAGCCAUCCGCGAGGCAUUCAUCGAAAACUGGAAAUCAGAAAACUUUGGCCGCUUCGUAGCUGCCUGCAGAUCCAUCGUCGAUGAGCUCGCCAUGGUCCAGCCGCCAGGCAACAGCUGGAACGAGAUGUUAGCCUGCGAACGCGUCUUCAAACAAGCCGUCUGGCUGUGGGGUCAGAUGUUCCCUGAGGUCAUGGGCAUGGAAGAGCAGGAUGAGUUGGAUGGCGGCAGAACGCCCGCGAGAGUAGAGACGACGGCGCGAUAG